ACACAUAAUAAUGAAAAGUAUUGCCACCUUCUAUUCACAAAUCAAUACCUCUCUAUAGUUGAGAUUGAGCCAAUACAAACCAAAUGGCUUCUCAUCAUAUCCAAUAUUUCAUUGUUCUCUUAAUGGCCACAUUAUUUAUCACAAUUCAAUCCCAUUCCCAUGCAAAACUAACUCCUGAUUUUUACAACGAUGUUUGCCCUCAGGCAUUGCCAAUCAUUAAAUCAAUUGUUAGCCAAAAACUUAACUUUAAACCACGCAUGGGAGCACAUUUACUAAGAUUGCAUUUCCAUGACUGUUUUGUCAAUGGGUGUGAUGGAUCAAUUCUGCUGGAUGAUACCCCUAACUUCAUAGGUGAAAAGAGUGCCUCAGGAAAUGUUGAUUCAGUUAAAGGCUAUAUGCUUGUUGAUAUAAUUAAAGCAGCAGUUGAUAAAGCUUGCAAAGGCCCUGUGGUAUCUUGUGCAGAUAUCUUAGCCGUAGCUGCUCGUGACUCUGUGUCCAUUUUGGGAGGUCCAACAUAUUGGUAUGAAGUUCUACUAGGAAGAAGAGAUGCUAGAAAUACUACAAAAGAAGCAGCUGAAUUAUAUCUUCCUUCACAACUUUUCAACUUCUCCCAACUCGUUUCUAACUUUAAGUCUCAAGGCCUAAACCUUAAAGAUCUUGUAACUCUAUCUGGUGCUCACACAAUUGGAAUGGCUAGGUGUUCUACCUUUAAGGAUAGAAUCUACAAUGACACCAACAUAGACCCAAAUUUUGCAAUUUCGUUACAACAAAAUUGUCCUAUAAAAGGUGGUGAUGACAAUAUGGAAGCAUUGGAUUAUGUCACACCUGAAAAAUUUGACAAUUCAUAUUACAAAAAUUUGGUUAGUAAAAAAGGUCUCUUCCAUUCUGAUCAAGAACUCUUUAAUAAUGGUAUUGAUUGUGAAAGUGACAUGUUGGUGGAACUCUAUAGUGGAGAUUCAAAUGUUUUUGCAAGAAAUUUUGGAACUUCUAUGAUUAAGAUGGGUAAUAUAAAGCCUCUUACCGGAAUUUUCGGAGAGAUUAGAACCGAUUGUACCAAAGUUAACUAGUACAAAUUUGGAUUGAAUAUUUGUUGCCUAUGUUUAAAAUAGGAGGGAAUAAAGUUUGUGAUUAAGGUUUA